UUAAACCCCCACUCCCAAUUCCUCUGUCUCCUCUAGCUCCAUAUCUGGUAGUUCUCCACAGAGACGGAGUGGAUAGUUCUCCAUAUCUGCUUCUUCACUCUCGCUAUUAUUGGUUCUGUCAAAGAUGCAGCAAGAGAUGUGGAAUGCUCCGCCAGGAUUUCGAACCACCAAAUCUGCUCCCUGUUCUCCGGCCAAGCCGUUGGGGGUCUCCAGAACUCGAUCCGAGUCCUUCCAUGCGAUCCAUAAAGUCCCAGUCGGUGACAGUCCAUAUGUGAGAGCGAAGAAUGUGCAGUUGGUGGAGAAGGAUCCAGACAGGGCGAUUCCCUUGUUUUGGACAGCCAUAAAUGCUGGAGACAGAGUGGAUAGUGCUCUAAAAGACAUGGCUAUUGUCAUGAAGCAACAAAACCGACCAGAGGAGGCCAUUGAAGCCAUUAAGUCACUUAGAAGUCGAUGUUCAGACCAAGCUCAAGAGUCCCUUGAUAAUAUCCUUUUGGAUCUGUUCAAGAGAUGUGGGAGAUUGGAUGACCAAAUAUCACUUUUAAAGCACAAGCUUUACUUGAUACAACAAGGGCUUGCUUUCAAUGGGAAACGCACCAAGACAGCAAGAUCUCAAGGGAAAAAAUUCCAGGUCUCUGUAGAACAAGAAGCAACUAGGUUACUGGGAAACCUGGGUUGGGCAUUGAUGCAGCAGAACAACUACAUUGAGGCAGAGGAUGCUUACCGGCGGGCACUUUCAAUUGCUCUAGAUAACAACAAGAUGUGCAAUCUGGGUAUAUGUUUGAUGAAACAAGGGAGGAUUUCUGAAGCAAAAGAGACACUCCGGCGAGUGAAGCCAGCAGUUUCUGAUGGUCCAAGAGGCCAAGACUCCCAUCUUAAGGCCUAUGAAAGAGCACAGCAGAUGCUUAAGGACCUUGAGUCGGAGAUGAUGAACAAGGGAGGAGACAGGGUCGAACAAAGAAGGCUCUUCGAUGCCUUCCUCGGUUUUUCGUCAAUUUGGCAGCCUCAGCCUUGCAAGGAUCAUCAUGCUGUGCUUCCAUCAACAAAUGCAGUCCAGUCCCAAGAUGGUUUCGCUGAUGAGAACAUCAAUUUGUCAAAUAUAGUUCCCGGCCAGAGAAAUUUCAACAAGCAAGAGGUUCCUUCUUUUGUGAAUUCACUGAAUAUCGAUGCACCCCCAUUUUAUUCAACCAAAUUCACGGACCCAAUUGGGAAAGAGCCACUUGGGAAUCAGUUCCAUGAGACUCUCAAGAGAACAAGGUCAGGAAAUGCUGCCAAUUUUAGCAGACUCUCAAAGGCACAUCCAGAACCAGAAAUACCAGGGCAGAAGUCAAGAAGAUUGUCAGAUGAAACAGAUAGCAAGUUGUCUGAAUUAUUGCCAGACAACAAGGAUUUUGAAGAGGCAAUCAUGGCUGCGGUACUGGGUUCUACCAAUGAAGCAGGGAAGCUUGUUGACACAAGCAAAACUGUUUCUGGGAUCGUGGAGAAGAAGAAGAUUGAGAAGAGGCUGAAGGUCUUUCAGGAUAUAACUCUCUCUCUUAGUCCAAGAGCCUGAUUUAGAUUUCUUAUUAGACUAAUCAAUUUGGCCCAAAAUGAAAUUUAAUUUCACUGAAGUAGAAUUUGUAGUGUGGGUUUGGAGAUGAGCUUAUUCUCCUCCUACACUUCCAGUUCCUGCUGUAGAAUGGAGUAAUUUAUGUAGCAGGUAGAUAUCUGUCUGUAACACAGAAGCAGACCUACCAUUUAUUAUUUAUGUUUGAGAUUACAAUAAGAGGUAUCUGACUAUCUGUAACAAUGAUUAUCUUAAUUUAUGCACUUUUAUGAGAUGAAGUUUGAGGUGA